CGACACACGCCAGUCCGUCCUGCCACAGGUCUUCACUGCUUCUCCAGACCUCGAUAGUGCACACUAACACGUGACCCGUGGACUUGCUGUCAGCUGACAAAACAAAACAUCAAGCCCACCUUUCGAACAACACAGUCCCCGCGCCAGGGCUCCUGGGUAAUUUGUUGUUGUCUCCUGCAAUUUGGGAGCUCUUGCUGACAGAGACAGGUUGUGUCCUGCCGGCGGUUCCAUCGACGUGCGGAUGUCGGGUGCUGCACACCACAGCGGCGGCAACUGGCGGGUUGUGGAUGCAGCAGGCGGUAGUCGUACGUCGUGCUGGCUGCAGCUACGUGCCGCUACGUGACUGUCGUGCUGCCGGCCGUUAGUGCUCUCUUACCACCGGGGUACAAACACACCAACAGACACUGCAGCUGGAGCAAAUAAAGACAAUGUUCUUCAACAAGACGAGACGGAAGCUGUGCACCAAGGUGCCACUCAAGAUUCCCUCUUUCUCCAAGACCGACAAGAAAAGGCCGGAGGGCGUGGCAGUUGACAACAAAGCGUCAGUAACAGAGAAAAAGUUGGACACCAAGAGUGAUGGCGGAAGGUCACCACCAACUCCGUCGUCAGAAGGGAAGUCAGAGUCCACGGUACAACAACUACAACAUGAACAACAACAACAACAACAGCCUGUCGCGCAGCAACCACCAACACCCACACCAUCACCACAGUCUUCAUUACAGCAGCGGCAGCCACAAGAACAGCUGCAGCAUCCUCCUCCUCAAGAGCAGCCAUCACAACUGCAGCAUCAGUCAAUGGAGUUGCAUCCAGCGUCCCGACAGCUGCCACAACCACAGCUGCGAUCACCACAGCAGGUGCAGCGACAUCCACACAGCCUCCCGCCGCCCAAACCGCCUCACGUGGACGACCUGUCGUCCUCCGACACUCAGAACUCGGACUGGGAGAGUCCCUACAGCACCAUGCGCACCAGCCAGGCACGAGGCCGACAGGGGCACGUAAGCGAGUCGGACGGCGAGGUAACUCCAGUCGGAUCUCUGCGCAGGGCAGCACCUCGGAGGCACACUGUUGGGGGAGCAGACAUCCGGGAACAGAUGGAGAUUGAAACAGAGAGAAAGAGGGAAGCAUUUUAUGAACUGCUGGCACAUCGCUACCCCGAGUACGCCGACAAGAUCACUGCGCAGUACGGGCCUGUUGAAAGGAUCCCGCGACCUCGAGAGCCCCAGCGCCGUCGCACGACCAUCGUCAACUACAUACCCCGGGUGUACGGGCCUCGAGCGGCGGACUAUGAGGACCCCGGUACGAUGUCGGACAUGGACCUGCCGUCCUUCCAGCGUGGUGGCUACGCCAGAGCCAGCCUCCCCGUGGUGCGCAGUGCCUCCAGUUCUCUGGAGCGACCUCUGGGCGAGCGAUCUCUCGGCCUGGUGUUCCUGCUGUUUCGAGACGAGACGAAGAAGGCCUUGCUGCCCAACGAGAUCACCUCGCUGGACACGGUGCGCGCCAUGUUCGUGCGGGCCUUCCCUGAGAAGCUCACCAUGGAAUUCCUCGACUCACCCAAGCGGAAAAUUUAUAUACUGGAGGCUGCAACCAACAUCUUCUUUCAACUGGAGGAUCUUAGGGACAUCAAGGACCGCACUGUGUUGAAGAUUCACGAGUGCGAGAGCGCAGAACCUCAGCGGGUCAAAUGCCCUCCUGAGGUCAGAGGUCGUGCCAUGCAGCCUACUGCUCCUCCUCCUAGGUCCUCCUCCCGCCCAGGCUACUCCCCUGAUUAUGCACCUGUCCAGGUUUACCAAAGCCGAGAAGAGCUUGCCAAGGCACAAAGCCUGCCUGUAUCAGUCUCUCACAACUACCAAGACCUCAUGCAGAAAGAACGUGUCCAGUGGGAGUUGGAACAAGAGUACGCUCAGAAACGCUCACGCUCACGUUCACAGACUCCAGAGCCUGCUGAACGACCCAGGUCUUUGUCAACAGGAGGAGCAAGAACAAGAUUUUCCCAUUCACCAGACCGCCUUCCAACCCCAGACAGAACCCAGCAUCUUAACCCUAUCCCAGAAAACCCACGCCUUCUAGCCAAUGGUUUUCGAGAAGAAUUGGUUAAUGGGAACAAUUAUGAGGGUCUCUCUGGGCGACAUCCUCAAGGACAUCACUCUUUGGGAUCACCUACUGGUCACCACCCUCCAGGAGCGAGGGUACUUUCGCCUCCACCAGUAGGAGGGCCCCUUUACGACAGUGUGUAUGCAAGCUAUGCACAGCCUCAGGCAUUCAUUACACAUAGCAUGCGUGCUGGGCCAUCUACUGGACCUCAACGGGCCACUGCACCCCCUUUAGAUGGAAGGAGUGGAAAUAGACCGCCUCACUCCUAUGCUUCCAUGCCUGGAGGUGUGGCACCUGUUUAUGAUGGAGGUAUACCUCAACGCUCACAGAGUUAUCGGGUGCCAUCAGAAAGAGAUCUGCAAAGAGCACAGAGCAGCACCACCCACUACCCAGAGGCCAGAAACCGGAUGGAGAGGAUGGAAGCACAAAUCGCCUCACUGGCUGCCUGGGUGCACAACUGCCAGACACCUACCGAAAAUGUGCGACGAGGACCUGGCAGUAGCCGAAGUAUGAGUAGUACACAGUCUGAGGGAACAGACACAAUCCCUGGCUCCACCACCAGUAAGUUGAAUGGGGAAUCAAGCAUUUCUUCCAGUGUUGCUACUAAUUCACUAGAUAAGCAAGGUCUCUCAGACAUUCCAUCAGCAUCUUAUUCACUGCCUCAGCCAGUGGUCACAGUAGAUAUGCGGGAGAAGAUAAUCACAGUCCAGAAUAGAUUGAAGGAACUUCGUAAAGACUUCCAGAGUCUUCGGCGGAUGGAACAGCUCAACCAGGAAGCCAUGCGUGACUCUUUCAAUGAUACUUUUGCCAAAAUUAAGAAAGUCAUAUUGGCUGUGCCAGGGGCAGAGAAUCAAGUACUUUGCUAUAAACGCCUACAAGCGACCACUCUUACUCAAGAAUACUUAGAUGAAAAAGAUCGUGUUGAAAAAGAGCUCAGUGACCUAGAAGCUAGUGUGGAAGAAUUAAAGGAUGAUGUUCUUGCCAGAAGAUGCCGUGUCAAUGCCAAUGAUGUUGAGGCCAUGGCUUUAAUGUUGAGUAACAUCACUAAGUCUCUUGCAGACCUCAAAGCACGUUUUCCUGACAUCCAGACAAGCUUGAAGAAUGUCAUGUCAGCAGAAAUGGAGAUUGUCGUCAAAGAAGAACGAUUUCUCAAGGAAGAGCCAGCAAAAAUUGAAGAAGCAUUGAAACGAUGCAAGAAACUUACUGGCACACUUUACACACUGAAACGAUUAGCUGCUGAACAAAAUCAGUGUCUCCCACAAGUACCAUCGCUGGCCGGAGAAAGUAACAAAUUUGGGGAAAAUGAGAAAAUGGCUGUUCUAGAAAAUAUUCGUUCAAUGGUUCCUGACCACAAGAUUCGGGUUCAAAGUAUGGAGUCUACCAUGCAUGGGAACAAGGCAGUAGAUGGAGAGCCAUCUAGCAGAACAGAAUGCAUUGUGAAGGAGAACGCUGGCACAAUUACAAGCCAUUUCAAUGAAAAGGGUAAGCAGCUGGUGUUACCAACGAAGCCUGCGUGCACACUGUCCGACAAUGCCAGAACAAAGCUGAAGGGGAGAAGAGCUGUGACAGCAAAGCUGAGAAAGCAUUAUCAACAUUUUCAAAGUUUGAACCAGCGAAGAGGACAUCAACAUCCACAAUGCACACAGUAACAGCAACCAGCCAGACAGCAGUUUCCAGUAACGUUCCAGAACCUUCUGCAGAACAAUCAGCAAACCAACGCAGCACAGCUCGACUAGCAUUCUUCAGCUCCAUGCAGUCAAUGCCAACCUCUCUCGCUGCUCACACUGGUGAUGGAAGUCUUUCUUCUCCCAUCAGCCCUAGCGGUAAAAUGUCAGGUUCUUUGGGAUCCAAUGUGUUGCAGGUGACAGUCUCACCGACAGCUGUCACUUUGUCUCAGGCCAGGUCAUCAGGAAUGUUUUAUCAAGUGUCACCAACAUGCUUGCAAUCUGUACUCAGCAGCAUUCCUCUCCCAAAGAGUCCAGCACAGGCUACCUCCCCAGAUGCAGCUAACAUGGAGGGUGGAGGGGAUGGGUUCAAACUCAGGAAGGUUCCUCCACCCCCACCUCCUCGUAAAAGUAGUGCAAAAUUUCCAUUUGGUUAUGCCAGUGGGUCCAACACAGUCAGUAACGGAGUCCAGCCAUCUGAUAGCAGCAUAACUCCAGAUCCUAAGAAAGCUGAUGUCCGUAAAAAAGAUGGCUCUGGACCAGUUUUAUGCAAGUCAAGUUCCUUUUCGUCUUCAUUGCCCCCUGGGCCUCUGUCAUCAACACCAAAGCCAGUCUCCCCACAAAAACCGCCACUGUCCAGAUUUCAGAAGGAUAUAGCAACAGGAAUAUAUGCAAACAUGAACCGACCAGAUCUGCAAAACCAGAAGGUACCUGCUGACAGGAUUCUAGACAGCAUGACUUGUCAUUCACAGGUUGCCGCCAGCACCAACAGUGAGGAUGCUGCAGGAAGAGAUGACCACAACUUGAGUGAAAGUGAGAGCACAGGUUCUAGCACAAGCUUGGAUUCCCAGCAAGGUUUUAGUGGCAAAACUUCAGGAGCCACGUCAAGAAGAUCUAGACCUGACCCACCCCAACGCCACUCUAGUCUUCUAACCAAGGUGUCGACAUUUGGCAGCUCAUCCCAAGAGUCGGGCAAUAUGGAGAAGCCAAAAGAAUCUAAGGAGGGACAGUGUACAAACAAACAAAUGGUGUUGAUGGAGAAAGGAAUAGCCACAAAACAUGAGAGCCUAGAUGAGUCUCAGACAUGACUGAGCUUAUAACACCUUUCUGGUAGUAAAGUACGAUGGGAGAGAAACAAGGGUUAUUGCAUCGACAGAUUCCCAAGUGGAGUUUCCACCAUGUUGCUGACUGCGCUUGUGUCGCACCAGCUAAACAUUUGCAGCUAGUGCUUGACAAAGAUGAUAGCAAGACACCUGUGGAUUCACUGAUCAUGCAUGCUUGUCGCGUUUGGCUUGGCCUUAUGAACAGAUCUGUAUUUGAACAAAUACUACACCACAAUAGCUGUUUUAGUUUGAUUUUCUUUUGACUUGAAACACAGCUUUAUGAUGCCAAUAAGGGACAGGAUCAAAUUGUGGCAAGGAUUGGCAGACACUGUAUAGAGAUUUAUUUUUUUGUCUCACCAGACAAGUUGUGAAUAAUUAUGAACAUUCUAUGUACCAUUUACUUUUUAAGGAUUAUCUGCAGAGAAGUGAAAGUGUUAUUUACUUGUGUUGACAAAGACAUUUAGGUGCCUUUAGGCACCAUUUUGUAUCUGAAUAUUGUGCAACUAAGAAUGUCAAAUCUGGAAAUUCUUAAAAGCAGUUAAUACUGGUUUUUAUAUAUGCACGUGUGUGUCCCCUUUAGUAACCUUUUCUUUAAAGCAAUACCCCCAACCCCUACUUCCUUUUAAAAUGAAGUUUUGAACUCAGUACUUCAUAAGGAUGGUCUUUCAACGCAGAACUUCUUGUGGGCAUUUUUAAAAAAAAGUAGUUUCGUCUGUAUGAGGGAAGGUAGGAGUACAUGGUGCUGACUUUUACAGUUUUCCCUAAUUGCUACCCAGACCCUGAGGCAGCUGAGGGGCAUUGCUGACUACCCUAGCAAUAAAAUGUCUUUCUCAGCCAA